AUGCUCCCCAGCCUGCGGAGAGUUCUACGGCCCGCUCUCUCUCUCAGAGCCGGGACCGGGCUAACCAGAGCCGGACUCAGCAACCACCAAACACCCGCCCUUGGAUCCCCCGCCCCCCGACUCGCCUCAGAGCCGCCUCUCUUUAUGCUGGUGCAGCGGUGUAACCUGGGAACACACCCGCUGAAGGAACCCGUGGAGCCUCUCAACUCACCCCGGGGGGCCAAGGAGUUUAUUUAUAGCCUGCAUCCGUCUGAGCGCACCUGUCUGCUGCGGGAGCUGCACAAGUUCGAGUCCAUAGCCAUUGCUCAAGGGCAGCUGGAAAUUGCACCACCGACUGCAGCACAGUUAAGAUAUGUUCUGCUGCACAAUGCGCUCCCUUUUGUUGGAUUUGGAUUCCUGGACAACUGUAUCAUGAUAGUUGCUGGCACACAUAUUGAGUUAUCUAUUGGCGUGAUCCUUGGCAUUUCCACUAUGGCUGCUGCUGCUCUUGGCAACCUGGUGUCUGAUCUGGCAGGACUCGGGCUAGCAGGUUAUGUGGAGGCUCUGGCGUCUCGGGCAGGGAUGCAAAUUCCUGACCUGAGUCCAAAGCAGGCUGAUAUGUGGCAGACCAGAGUCAGCUCUCACUCGGGUAAAGCCCUCGGUGUCGGGAUCGGCUGUAUCCUUGGCAUGUUUCCUCUUCUGUUCUUCAAGGAUGACGAUGAGAAAAAAGACGGGAAGAAGGAGGCGGAGGUGAAAACAGAAACACCUGCUACAACAGAGAGCAGCGAAAACUGAAACUGUCAGCUCGCCGGAGACAAAUACUAUUUGGAAUCCAUCAGAAUGCUUUUAACUGGGACUGAUGGGCCUCACCUGGAGGAGUGGAGUGUAUGGAAAUGUCACUGAACCCCAUACAGUUUAAUUACUGAUAACUUUCCCUUACAAGGCUCAAUUAAACUAUGAAAUGUAUUCUGAGGAGGAUUUUAGAUAUUAUUUGAUGGUGAACUUAAGCACAGGGACCUGACUGUCUCUUGAAGAGACAAGAGACUGUUGAUUUAUUGGACUGCUGCUAC